AUGGCCGCCUUGACAACAGCAGGGAUUGUUGAUGAACAUCAUGAGGGCGACGAGGACUUCAGCAUUGUACCGCAAUUAAAUGGAGUGGAGAGGUUGGAGGACCAAGAGGAAGCUGCAGAUUUCCUCCGGCAGGCUGAUAAGAUCAAGAGACAGAUUGAGAAGGUAGAAAAGGAGCGGAAUCUCGGAGCUCAGUGUAAGAAGAAUGGCUGGAGCGACUGGUUUGGAGAACUGGAGGAUAUCGAGAAGGUUCUGAAGGAACACAGAGAUGCAGAGAAGAUGACUCUCGAGAAGGAGCUGCUCAAUGUUCAUCAUGGGGUGAGAAGGUUCCAGAGACAGCUCACUGACGUGAAGCCCGCACCAGAGUUGAUUGAGAAGCUCGAAGAAAUAAUGGCCGACGUGGAAACGGCCAUCAGCACUUUCAAAGAGAACGAGCGCUUACGGUUUGAGGAGCUCCUCAAGGAGGAGAAGGCCGGCUCUCAGGAGAUCUCUGCGUACGACAGGAAGAUCGACACCUGGCCCCUGGCUGCUAGAUCGGAGCUCAGAGCGGCCCCAGCGACAGUAUCAAGAGGGUACAGGGCUACUGACAGGGACAUGCCUUCUGAAGUGAGGGCCCUUGAGUCGUUUCUUCAUAAGACCGGCGGCCUCCAUGGUGGCUGGGACCAAUACGACCACCAAGCCUUCCUCAAGGUGUGGACCAGGCACGCUGGGCGGCCGGCCUUGAGGAAGGAAGCCGUGCUAUACCUGCCUGGGAAGAGCCUGCAGGAGGUGGAGCAGCACGAGGACUGGUACCGAGAGCUGCUGGAGCUCCAGGACCAGAAGAGAGAGGCGAUUCAGCGGUGGAGGGCCAGCCGCCUGCGAGAGCAGCAUGCUAGAAUACAGGGCCAAGAUGAGGUGGAAGAGGCCGAAAGGAUGGAGGAGGCCAAGAACCAGGCCCAGCAGCACAGGGAGGAGAGGCUGCAGGCAGCACGGCGACUAGAGGAGUGGAAGCUGGAGAAGAGGAGUAGAGAGGAGCUGGAGGAGAAAGAGAGGCUGGCCGAGGAGGUACACCAGAGGAGACGGGCCAAGGAGGAGCGAAGGCGCCAGUUGGAGGUGAAGCUGGUGGUGGAGGAACAGCUCCGACUGAAGAGGGAGGAGGAGGAGGAGCAGGAAAGGAGCCGGAGGGAGGAGCUACAGCGAGAGGCAGAGGAAAGGAGGAGGGAAGCCACGAUAGGCAUCAAGCAUUUUUGGGGACGGGAUCUCCAUAAGGUGGAGACAAAGCUGCAAGAGAAACAGCAGAAGGAGCAACAGCAGGUGGAGAGGCAGAAGAGAAUUUCUUCCAGAAUGAAAGAAAAGGUGGAGGGUCACAUGGGCCGUGACCCCUCCAGGCUUACCCGGCCAACCAAGGGAUGGGAGGAGAGGAUGAAGAGCGUGGAAAACUCAGGAGGAGGAGGAGAAGGAGGAAGAGAAGGAGGGUACCUGAUGCAGAUCUCCCACAGAGCAAUUCCUGCCUGGAGACAAGGCCUAUGAUGAGUGCCUUUUGAAGACCAAAUUGGAUUCAUGCAAUUUUUUCUGUUUAAUGCCAAAUUAAUCCAAGUGCAGUGACUUCAAGAAAACGUUGUGCCUUGUGUGUUUUGGUUUUGGUACAUAGUUUACUUGUUUUGUGCAAAUAAAAUCAAUAUAA